AUAGCUACGCAUGCAUGUCUACAUGAAUGAAUGAGUCAGUGAAAAAAUAUCCGAAACUUUUGUUAUUGACUUUGAAUAGUUUUAUUCUUUGUUUUUUUGUUUUCUUGGUCAUUCUAUAUCCCGUGCUACAGGAUGAACAACAGGCGGCAAUCGAUAUCAAUGGGAUUCGAAAUUCACGAGGAAUUUGGCUUAUGGCUGCUCAAAUCAAUUGUUAUCAAUGUGGACAAUUGAUUGAACCAUUGGAAUUGGCGUUUCGAAUACCAUAUGGUCAUAAGCAACUAAUACAUUACCAUGUACAUUGUUUUACCUGUUCUGAAUGUUCACGUCAAUUGCAUAAAGGCGAACUUUAUGGCCUGACAACCAAUACCCAUACUGGACUAAAUAUAUAUUGCGAACAACAUUAUCGUCAACGACAAAGACAAUCAUCGAAAUGUUCGAAUCAAGCUAUUGAUCGAAUAGCUAGAACAACAAAUGAAAUGAAUUCCGGUGAAAGUAAUAGUUAUUUUCGUGGUCGAAAUUUCGAAGAAUCGUCUUCAUGCAGUCGUAUAUGGACCAAUGGUAGUACAAAACGUAUGAGGACCAGUUUUCAGAAAUGUCAGCUUGAUUUACUGCACCGAUGUUUCAAACGAACACAUAAGCCGAAUGCUGAUGAAAUGUAUCGAUUAGUACAACAUACUCAGCUUUCUAAACGUGUUCUUCAAAUUUGGUUUCAAAAUCAACGAUCCAAAUGGUCGAGAUUGAUGAUGUCACGACCGCCCAUUGUCGGUCCAAUCAAAGUUAUGGCCGGUACAGUUGCAGCCGAAUCAUUUGCACAAACCAUAGCGAUCAUUGAACAGCAGCAGCAGUAGUAGUUUUUUUUAUAUUGAUCAUAAUAAAGAGAGAGGAUCAAACUAUAGUUUUUGAAAAUUCUAUUGCUUCGAUGUUUAG